ACUCUCAACAACGGAAGAAGGACUAUCAACUUCCAGUUGUCAACAAAAGAUUCUGCACGCGCAAUUCCUUCGAGAAUCGAUGAAGAACAUGAGGCUGUGUUUCAUUUCCAAACUGAGGUUUUGUUCGAGCACCAGAGUUUACUUACACCAUACGAAGGU